CAAAAUUUUAUAUUAAUCAUCAUAAUUAAAAAUAAUUAUAAGUUAUGAAGACGUGAACUCUGAAACUUGUGACUGCCUUAACCAAUAAGCUACAGUUGCAUCUAUUUUUAAAUUGAUCGAUAUAUAUAUUUAUACGUUUAAACUGUUAUACAUAGCCACAAAACACAAGCCCCUCCCGAUCGUCUAAGCUUUCUUGUUCGGCUGCUUCAAGCCUUUUUUCCCCUUUUCGCUUCGUUUUCUUUUCAUUUCAUUCUUUUUUUUCGGAGAUCUGUGUGGGAAGGAGAGCACCUGAGGGAGAUAGGAGGGGUUUCUUAGGUUCCGAUUUGGGGUUUUUCUCAAAGGGAUUUUGUGCGAGUUGCGGCGGUGUGAGCGGCAGAGGGCGGCGACCAGGAGCUUAAGGGCGGGGGCGGCGAGGAGGCGGAGGGCAAGGGGAGGCCGUCGGGAGUGGGGAGGGAGAGGAUGCGGCGGAGGAGGGCGAAGGUAGAGCCCGGGCCCGGCAAGCGUUCAUGAAUUUCACCCAAUUGGAUCCGUUUUUCGCACAUUAUUCUCCAUGGAGUUAGGUCGGCCGAGAUGGAAGGGGAAAGCUUUCGCAGACAUAGCCCAUGCAAAUCCUAUGUCGGAAAUAGUAACUCAACUUCAAGUCUCUCUUACCCAAUCAAAGACAUAUGCAAUGCUCUCUGGCUGCGACAUUCUUCUUGAAGCUGGACUGGAAUUGGCUGAUCUUCUAAGUAAGGCCUCCUUUGGCCGAGGAAUUGUUACCUCUAACAAGGGCAAACAAUGGUUCCAAUUAGGUCCAGAGGAGGCUUUCUAUCUGUGUCAUGCUUUAAAAUGCCUUAAGGUCUCGAGAGACAACGAAACCUGCAUGAGUGAAAUGGAGUUAUGGGAUCACUUCAGAUCUAAUAGGGAAGCAUUUCCUGAGUUUUACAAAGCAUAUUUUCAUCUUCGUUCCAAGAACUGGGUUGUUCGCUCGGGGAUUCAGUAUGGCGUGGACUAUGUGGCUUACCGUCAUCACCCGGCUCUUGUUCAUUCAGAGUAUGCAGUGCUUGUGGUUGCAGAUGGUGAUGGCGAUGCAAGCAGUGGUCGGUUGAGGGUGUGGUCUGACCUGCAUUGCACCCUUCGAGUCUGUGGCUCUGUUGCAAAGACACUGUUAGUUCUUACGGUUAGAAGAUAUGGAAGUGAUAGGAAUUCGCUGAAUUGUUUGGAAGAAUUCAUUGUUGAGGAGCGAACGAUCACAAGAUGGGUACCGGAGCGCUGUCGGGAGGAUCAAGGCUUAGAAGAAGCUCUUGGAGUUGAUUAAUAGAAGGAGAUACUGAGAUAUCUAAAUUCUUCAUUCUGAUUGGGUUUCUUAAAUUGGUGGGAUGCUUACAUUCUUCUUUAGGUUUUAGCUUAUGGAGGUAGGUAGCUUUACAAGAUCAUUUUUCCUUUGCUUCAAAGGUAUUCAACCAAAUCCAACAGUCUGGUUUUAAUGUACUUGUACAAUUGCUGACUCCAUAAGAAGAAUUAUAAAUUUGUUAUGAUGGUAGUUCCCUUCAUACCUCCUUAUGUUUCAAUCUUUUACGAUUGGCUGCUUGUUGUUUUGGGAGUUUGUGUGCAAUUUGACCAGAGGUUCUGUCAUAUGAAUUGUUAAGGAAAAAUGAUCCAGGCUUGUCCAUGAUGGUUAUAGUCAUGAUUUCAGUCAUGCAGCUUGUGAUCUUUAAAGUCAGAACUCCUUGGAAAUGCAAAGAACCAUUGUUAUUCAGUAAAGCUAUAACAUCAAACGUUGAGAACAUUAGAUGGGUGGACAUAGUUUUGGAUUGCACUACUUGAUCAUGAGGAUAUAACUCAGAGGAAGAUACAGGGAUGUAAUUUGGUCUGGUUUUAUCACGUUCGGCAUGUUUUGACCCAAUACAUUUGUAUCCACCCAUGGAACUUUGGAACUGCUUAUUCAACAGUGGGUUUGAUCCUGAUACAAUGAUGAGCAUGCCCAGCUUUGCUGGCCUGGAUUUAGUUAAUUCAGCAUCAGGUCAUGAUCAAGUCUCUGCAGCUCCACAGUACCUAUUAACACCUCUGGAGAAGUUUCCCAUGCUUCUGUAACAUUGUGGUCUGGUUAUCCACAGGGAGGGUGAUGCGUUCUUAAUUCACAAACAUGAAAGUAUUGAUACGUGACAGCACCACUGCAAAGUCCAUAAAGCACAUCCAGCAUGCAUUUCUAAUCAGAAUGUGUUUUUAUCCUAUUGUAGGGAAUUCUUGAGUUGUCUUAUUUUGGCCUUGUUACAAUUCCAUGACAGUCUGAACUGAUUUGCUCAUGAUCCUGUCUUGGGUAUCCGGUUGGACUAGCAGCAAAUACCUCUGUCACAAAGGAUAUUGUGGAAGCUGGUAGCUUGGUGGUUUUUCCUGCAGCAAGAAUCAUUUUUUCUUUCUUCUGUCUUGUUCUUCCUCAUCUUUUUUUGUUUGGCUUUAAUCAUAAUGCUCAUGUGCGUCUCUUGCCCUCUAUCUUGUAGGUUCCCAUCCAUGAAUGGCCCAGACAAUCUGCAAAACUGAUGCAGAUUUUAUAAGAGUGAUGUAUCUUAGAGAAUAGCUUGCUUCUUGAAGUGUCGGUUCAAGUUGGGCUGCGAUCAGCUUCACCAGUAAAGCUUGGAUGAAGAACAGUGCGCUCUUACCCUAUAUGCAAAGCAUAGAGUAAUUCAUCUUUCCAAAAUUUCCUCCAACCAUGAAGGGUCCAUUCAACAAAUAUCCCAGAUUUAUUUUUGCAACGUGACUUGAAUUCCUGUUGGUUGAAUCCCAAAAAUAAUCUUUCAUAGGAAGUUUAUACCACGGGCAUCACAAUGUUUUGUCCCUUGCAGUGCAUCGAUUGGAACUAGUAAGAUCUAUGAUAGAUUUUGUGUAUAAAGAUUUUGCAUAACAUGUAAUUAGGUUUUCUUUCUUCUGAGUGGAUUAUGGCAAGUCGUACAUGGCUUUGUUUGUGGAUGACUUCCUUUACCGUACCCAGUCUUUACCCAAGUCAUUGGUGAAUGGCCACCGGAGGUGAUAAAGAGAUAGAAGAAAGAAGACAAGAAGGUUAUUCU